AUGGCCCUCACACCCAGCACGAAUCCCCUCGUCUGGAUCGACUGUGAGAUGACAGGCUUGGAUCCAAACACUGACAGGAUCCUCAGUAUCUCGUGCUACAUCACAGAUCACGAGCUCAACCUCAUCGACAAAAAGGGCUACCACACCAUUGUCUCGACGCCUAAAUCUGUGCUCGAUGCGAUGGGCGAGUGGUGUCAACGUACUCACACUGCUAAUGGCCUCGUUGAAGCUUGUCUUUCCUCCUCUGCUAUAUCUGCGGAACUAGCUUCCACUCAGCUAUUGGCCGUACAUGCCGACAAGAUGUUCUUGAUGCAACAACCUUGGGCUCCGGUGCUGAAGCACUUGCACUAUAGGAUUCUAGACGUCAGUGCUAUUAAAGAAGCGACCAGGCGGUGGUGCAACGAUGAUGUAUUGACCGGCGUACCUAUGAAGAAAUUGACACAUAGUGCUGACGAGGACAUAAGGGAGAGCAUUGAAGAGGCGAGGUACUACAUGGGAUUGUUUCGUGGAUUCAACAACGCUCAAGGACGGGGUGGCCAAGACGCACGAGAUGAUAUGAAGAGCGCUGAAGGAGGUUAA